AUGAAUGGGGAUUUGGCCGCCGAAACGAUGGCUUCCUCCGUCUGCCCCCUGGACCCCAUUGACAGCCUGGAGCUCCUGGACCUCCUUUUUGACCGGCAGGACGGCAUCCUGAGACACGUGGACGUCGGCGAGGCCUGGAGCCGCGUCGAGGACCAGACCCUUCCGGGCCCGGACCCCGACGACCUCCUCAGCUCCAUCCUCGGCUCCCGGGACUCCAUGCCCAGCUCCCCGCUCUGGUCGAGUGCCAGUGACAGCGGCAUCUCCGAAGACCUGCCCUCCGACCCCCAGGACACCCCUCCCCGCGGCGGCCCCCCCGCCCAGCCGAGCCAGAGGUCCUGCCCCAGCUACCCCCCCGGUUUUUUCAGGUCCCCAGGGCCCGCCGUCUAAGUGCUCGAAGCCUCUGUGGCUAUAGACCUGGAAAUGUGGAACCCAGGGGGAGGCCUCUACGCUGAGGGGCGGACGGAGCCGGCGGACCCGUCGCCACGUUGCCAGCUCACAGUGAAGGACUUGCUUCUUUCUGGUGGUGGCGGGGACCUGCACCAGCCUCACCCGGUGGCUCCUCACCUCCUGUGCCCCGGGACUGGGCACGGCCAGGAGCUGGUGCUGACCGAGGAUGAGAAGAAGCUUCUGGCCAAGGAGGGGAUCACGUUGCCCACUCAGCUGCCCCUCACCAAGUAUGAGGAGCGAGUGCUGAAAAAAAUCCGCCGGAAAAUCCGCAACAAACAGUCGGCCCAGGAAAGCAGGAAAAAGAAGAAGGAGUAUAUCGAUGGCCUGGAGACUCGGAUGUCAGCCUGCACUGCCCAGAAUCAGGAGUUGCAGAGGAAAGUCUUGCAUCUUGAGAAGCAGAACCUGUCCCUCCUGGAGCAGCUGAAGAAGCUCCAGGCCAUCGUGGUCCAGUCCACCAGCAAGUCUGCCCAGACGGGCACCUGCAUCGCGGCCCCAAGGCAGUGCAGGUGGCUCCCCUCCCAGAGGCCCAGAUGUGGCUCUCGGGGGGAGCGGAAGGGCUGA